AGAAGUAAAAAUGGCGUUGUCGUGAGUAGUCCGUACAAAAUUCAUGCACCGCGAACCUAUUGCUAAAAAAUGCAAUUUGCAACGGUCUAAAAUUGACAAGGAAAAAAAAGUAAUUGUCAACAAAAUGUGCGCGUAGCUCUGACAGAACAAUUGACAAAGAAAAGUAUUUUGGAGAUGAGCUUUUGUCGCGCCAAUCAAAAAUAAAACGCACAACUUGAAAGCACUAGCCAGGAGAACAACGCUACCACACACCACCCCCCUCUUCAACUCCAACGCAAGAUGAGGCAACAGUCAGCUGCUGAACGAUGAGGAAAUCGAGUCCACAUGCGCGUUAUAAAUAUUAAUGAAGAAACCAAAAACGAAACGAGACAAGAACUCAAUUGAGAGCAGCAACAAAAAUAAUGCCAAACACAAGAAUCGAAAGCAACAACAACAACAAGAAGUAUUACAACAACAACAGCAACUGACACUUGAAAAAUUGGAUGAACUGAGUCAAAUGUGAAGCAGAUGUGUGGCAUGAAGUUGUAGCUUCCACUUUAAUUCUUCGAUUGUUGUUGUUUUUCUCUGCUCUUUCUGGAAGCGAACGAAUCAAAUUGAGUUGUGCAAACAACCAAAAACAGCUUUAUAAAUUAACCAAAACGAAGCGAAUCGAAAAAUAAAAGAAACGAACCCAGUAGCAUUCCAAGUCGUAGCAUUUAAUACAACAAAAGAAAGAAAAAAAGACAAAGAUUCGUGCAUGUCUAUGCAUGAUAUAAACAGAUCCACAAAGAUUGGACUAAGUGCAGCAGAAGCAGUUGGAGACGUCUCCGUGUUGCGGUAACCAAAAUUCUCGUGUACAAAAUGUCACUCGCCGACAUGGGCACUGUAACACGCUCCACAGGUGGAGGAGGAGGAGGCGGUGGUGCGAGUGGAUCUCGUCACUAUGAUCUAAGCAGUGGUGGUGGCGGCGCUGCUGGUGGAGCUGCCGGCGGUCGCAUGACACACUCGCUGAGCACACCCAGCGGGGUCGAUGGCACCCCCUCAACGCCCAGACAUCGCGGCGGCAAGAAGCUGACGGUGCGCAUACAAAUGCUGGAUGAUUCGGUUACAAUGUUUCAAGUUCAGGCCAAGGCUUUGGGUCGUGUGCUCUUUGAGCAGGUUUGUCGCCAGCUUAACUUGCUGGAAGCGGACUAUUUUGGUCUGGAGUAUCAGGAAAUAUCCACACAUACCAAAUACUGGCUGGAUCUGGAGAAGCCCAUGAAUCGUCAGGUGGGUCUAUCUCUCAUCGAUCCGGUGCUGCGAUUCUGCAUUAAGUUCUACACACCAGAUCCAGCACAGCUGGAAGAGGAAUAUACCAGAUAUCUGUUCUGUUUGCAAAUCAAACGAGAUCUGGCCACGGGCAGUCUGCAGUGCAAUGACAAUACCGCAGCUCUUAUGGCCAGCUACAUAGUGCAGGCAUCGUGUGGCGACUAUGUGCCCGAGGAUUAUCCAGAUCACACGUAUCUGUCAUCGUAUCGCUUUGUGCCACAUCAGGAUGCCACCAUGCAGCGCAAGAUCAUGGAGAAUCACAAGAAGCACUUUGGCCAAUCGCCCGCAGAGGCUGACCUCAAUCUGCUGGAGACAGCGCGUCGCUGUGAGCUUUAUGGGAUGAAAAUGCAUCCCGCUAAGGAUGUGGAGGGUGUGCCCCUCAAUCUGGCCGUUGCGCACAUGGGCAUUACAGUCUUUCAGAAUAUAACGCGCAUCAAUACCUUCUCCUGGGCCAAGAUACGCAAAAUUUCAUUCAAACGCAAACGUUUUCUGGUCAAGCUGCACCCCGAGGGCUACGGCUACUACAAGGACACCGUUGAGUUCUUCUUUGAGGGCCGCAACGAGUGCAAGAACUUUUGGAAGAAGUGCGUCGAGAAUCAUGGAUUCUUUCGCCUCACGGCCGUGCAGAGCACACAAAGGCGCAAAACUCGUGUACUCUCACGCGGCAGUUCUUUUCGCUACAGUGGCAAGACACAGAAGCAAAUCAUUGAAUUUGUGCGCGAAAAUUAUGUAAAACGUCAGAACUUUCGCAGGUCUCAGUCGUUCCGGCAAGGGCCACUGAAUGCUAGUAGCCGAAGUCAGUCGCAUACGUAUGUGAAUUCCAGCAUUUCAGCCAAUCCCCUACUCCCAAUUGACACUGCGGCAUGGGACUAUCGCAAUCAAUGCAGCGACUCGAUGACCCCUUCUCUGACGAAGAAGGCAGCGGAUACCUUGGAUCGCCGACGCGACAAUCCUACAGACCACAUGCGUUCUCAAGUCACAGCAGCCCAGGUGGAGAUCUAUCAGACGAAGAACUAUGCAGCGGAAUCGCCAACCUCAGCGGAGGAAGCGGCAUGCUCGGCGGAACGUCAACACCACUCGGCAGCGGCUAUGGACCAAAUGAAUUCGAACCGCUCCCUUUCACCACAGGCUCCGCAAUCGUGGACUUCACCCAGCCACAGCAGCAGCCAGGCACAGCGCGCUCCCGAUCUGGCUCGUGCGCAUCAAGGCGAUCACAAUAUAGGUCUGAGCCACUUGUCCCACUUGUACAGCAGCAGCACGCCUCGUCGAGUCUCAGUGGGAUCCCAAGCGUAUGUCCCUGCCUCGCCGCAGCUCAUCAGCAUCAGCACCAACAUCAACAGCACUCACAACAACAACAACAACACUAUCAACAGCAACAGCACUGUGGGUCGCCAUUCGGUGGAUCUCAGCAGCUCCAUGGAAUUGGAGGAGCAGGAGGAGGAGUUGCUGGAGCCUGUGGAUUUGGAGGAGGAGGAGGAGGAGCCUAUGGGGGAGGAGGAGGAAUUGGUGGAGGAGGAAGCGGAUUCGGACUUGACAGCAUCUACCAUCAAUCGGGAGACUAUGGCGGCAGUCUCACCGGCCUCAGCCAUGGCCAUGGCCAAUGCCCGUCGUCAGCCGCUUCGCUCACAGGAGUCCCAAUCGCAAACUGUCACCCCAGUCCAUUAUAGCAGUACCAGUUAUUCGAUGUCUAAACAGUGUAUGCUCAACAAUGCCAACGCCAAUGCCAACUCAACCGAAACGGAAACCGAUAACAUCAUCUACACUGACAUCAACGAUAUGGGCCACUACAAAUAUCCCGAUUUUCACAGCUCUCAAAUGGAGCACAAGAUCUCCAAUAGCGAGCAUCUAAAUCUCAAUGAUCGCAACGAUAUCUAUGCAACGGUCAAUCGCAAGGCCAAAUCAAAGACCCGCGAAAAGCAUUUCAGCGAUGAAUUCAUCGAUCAAUCGAUCCUACAGUACACCAGGGCCAAGCAGCUGGGCAUUCAACCCGUGCCCGUGGCCAUACCCGUACCAAUGCCUAUGUUACAGCAGCCUAGCACAUCGGCCUAUGCUGCCGCCCAGGAGCGUAACUAUAACAGCUUGAACUAUCAGUAUCACAAUGAUCUCAAUCAUCCAUCGGAAUCGUCUUCCUCAUCCUACUUUGGCACGGGCUUUGGCACAAAGCGUUCAGUACCAAAUAAUGAACGGGUGAAACUCGCCCAAUCCGAGAACUAUUUAACACCCUCAGUAGAUUCGCAGAGUUCCAGACACACACACUCGCUGCCCCGCAACUCGGAGUUGUCUGGCGUGGAUUCUGUCGAUUCAUAUGAUAGUCACUAUAUAACACAUCAUCCGAGACGCAGCUCAUCGGAGAAGCUCGAAUAUCAAAUGGCAUCGGGUAAUCUUUACUCUACGGCUCAGUUUGUUAAGCCCGAACAGGCGGCAGUGCAUUACAUGGACGAUGAGGAGGAUCAGGAAGACGAUCCGGAUGGCGAGAACAUCUAUGAUCAGGUAGAGCGUGAGUCCUGGCUAAAGAGCAGUUCCUGCAAGGAUCUCUUCGAGCGCUACAGCAGCGCCAACUAUGAUCGCGAACAACCCAAACCAAUGACCGCAUUCGAUAAAGAGUUUCUCUCUUCGAAUCGCAUUGAUUCACCAGUUACACGCUACGAUGAUUCAAGGCAUUCCUUGUACUUCGUCAAGAAUCAUUCAAUUGAUGCGCAUCAGGACUUUUCACCACUUCCGCACAGCAAGGUCUACUCAUCCAGUUAUCCAGGCAGCACAUACACCACCCAGGAGCACAAACGCCAUCAUGGACAGCAGCUGGACUACACUGGCUCCCAGGAUGAUAUAUCUCAGGAUAGCUAUGAGCUGCUCGAGAAAUAUGACAUUGAUUUCUUUAGCGGACGUCGCAGAUCCGAAGAUCAUAUGCGCUCCUGUUCGCUGGACUCUGGUAACUAUAUACCCAGUGAUGAUGAGUCCGUCUCUGAGCAGCCCAAAUAUCGCUCAGCCAUCGAUGUCAAAUCGAAAUCAGCUGCUGAUAUUAUGAAUGAGAUUUGGGAUGCUGAAGAUCCACGCUAUUUGCCACGCGAGAAGCUCUCCGUCAAAUCGGAUGGGAACUUUUACAAGAAAAUUCAGGAGGCUCUGACGCGCACCUCCAGUCAGGAGAGUCAAAGCGAAAUGUUUGAGACAAAAAUUUCACGUAGCUCGGACUCGAGUAAGAAAUCCCGUGACAGUCUAUAUCACACGGAUAGUAAGAAAUCGCGAGAAACAACCAAAAGCAAAACAUCCGUGGUAUCCAGUCAGGAUUCCAAAGAGUCGCUAGUUGGCGAUUGUUUUGGACGCAAUUACGAGAUGCCAACGACCACCUGCAAGAAGGUCAAGCAGUUCAACAAGAAGGAACUCUACGAAAAGUUUGCACAAUCAAGUCAGGAGUCAAAGAGUGAUUACUACGAUGCCGUCGAGCCAGUCGUUGAAACGGAUGCUCUCUACACCCGGCCCAAGGUCAAGAGUCACGAUUGUCUGCUCUCCGACACGCACAGCUCGACGGCCAACAGUUCGUUCUACGACAGCCGAGAUACAUAUUCCACCUUUCCGAGUAACAAGACGCAUAAGACAUCCAAGGUACAUUCGAUCAGCUUACAGAAUGUGGAAAUUGAACGUAAUGCCAAGUCUUUUGGCAGUAAAUCGCCGGAAACUGUAUCGACCCCGGCGUCUGGUAUGCGCUGCAUGGAGAAGGAUAUCCAAACGGGUGACUCAAUCGAUCAAACGGCGCCCAUCAAAAAGGGCAACUCGCAAUCAUGCAAAAUUUCUGCAUUUCGACGACGUUCGGAUAGCGAGAAUAUCUUUAGCUUCGAUCAAGAUCGAAUCGAGUGCAUACAAAAGUACACCAAGCAAUGGGAGGGUCAACCGAAAGAUGAUAAGGCCAAGCAAAGUCCAGAGUAUCCACUAACUCCCGAACUCAUCUCAGAAUUUGAGAAGCAACAGGCGCGUGUGGUGCAUCAGAAAAUCACACGCAAGGAGGAGCUAAUGGCAAAGACCCACUUUGAGGAAUACAAUCCUAUAUUGGUGCCUCUGAACUAUACCCAUGCCACAGUGGAGCGCACCAAGAGUGAUCCCAACUCGUUGGCGAAUCGCGCCCGCCUCGGCAGCAAUUCGCGUCGUCAUGUGCUGAUGCAUCAAAAAUCCAUUGAUCUAACGCCAGCCGAUUCGAGUGAUGAGGAUUACAUCUAUAAGCAAAUACCAAGCGCCCCACCGCUCUGCAAGGCUCAUGGUAACUUUGAAAUACCCAAAUGUUUUGAUGGUGGCCAGCAGACAGUCGUUCAAGUAGAUUUGCCCAAGACUGGCUUUGAGUUACCAAAGAGUUUCUUUCGCGACUAUGAGCGACGUUUCACCAAAGUUCUCAAAGAGGAUAUACCCUAUGUAUUGCACAAGCGACACAUUAUGAAUGGAACCGCACCGUCACCGGGCGAGAAAAAGCAUAGCAAGCCCAAAUCGCCAAAAUCACCAAAAUCUCCAAAGUCACCGAAAUCGCCAAAGUCACCGAAAUCACCUAAGGCAAACGCUGUAGUUGUGCCCGGACCGGCUGACUUUCUGCCAGACAUACUGGAUAGUCUGCUGCCGGCAGAGACCAAAGAGUUUCUCUUUACCCAAAACAUUGAUCUAUCCAAAGUGGAUCCGAUAACACUCGAAAUAGACAAAACAAUACCAACCAUACAGCUAUCGUCACCGAAGCGGGACAUUACCAAGCAAAUGGAUGCAUCGACGCUGGAGAAAUUGAACAAGAAACUGAGUCAAAUUGAGAGCGAUUCGGCGACAAGUUCGCGAACCGAAAGCAUGCAACAGCAACAGAAGCUGGAGCAAAAACAGAUGGAGCUCAUCCAGAGUCUGCGCAAAGAACUGCAGGCGAAUGCGCGCAAGGCCAACAAGCCGAGGGUAAUACCCAAAACAAAGCCAUCGGGCAAGUCCAAGAAGGGUAAGACACGAAUUACCUCAUUCUCAUCGGAUGAUGAGAGUCUGGACUCGGACGAUGUCUUUGGUUCGGCGGAGGCCAUACCGGAUCGCCUGGAGUUCUCACCGCCGCAGUCACGCAAAGAGAUCGAGCCCAUCUUGCGCAUCGAGCAAAGUCGCCUCAUUUCGGCCGCCUGGGGCAGGGGACAGACAAUGAGCUCAACAGAAAUCGAGGGCUCACCGCCCCAGUGCCGCCGUCUGGCUGAUCUUGAGAGUCGCUAUCACACACAGAAGCUCGAUCCGCAGUAUGCGAAUGCGACCGAAUUGCGUCGCAUAUCGGAGCGUUCGAUAUCGAUACCAUCGUCAGAGGAUGAACCGCAUCUGCCAAUGCGACGCAUGGACGAGUGCACCAAUGACUAUCAGCGCAAUGAAAAUAUUCCAUCACCAAUUUUCGAGCAUGCCGAGUUCUUUCGCAGCAACGAUGAUAUCUACGAGACAUGCCAUGAGGAAAAGAUCACCGGCUCCGAUAUUGAUUACACGCUAAAGAAACAAACGGCCAAGUCAAAGGUCAAGCUGAUUGAGGAAAUAAUCGAUUCGUCGAUUGUGAUGCGCUCGAAGGGACAUGCUCCCAUCUUGUUUGCCCAUGCCAGACUCAAUCUGUCGGAGGGUUCGGUUUCCCUGCAACGCCAGCAGGCCACACAGCAAUCGCCGACAACGGAACGACGAACGAAGAGCUUGGAUACGCCGGUUAUAUCCCUGCAUCGUUUGCCACCGAUGAACGCGUUCUCAUCCAAAGACGACACCGUUGGCUUUGAGGAAGAAGGCGAAAUUCUUGAGGAGAAAUCGCUCGAGCAAGUGAAUCAAAUUGCACAACAGCAGGAGGAUGAUCUGGCAGACAGCAUACAUUCAUGUGCCGGUUCAAUUCCCACACAGAGCAGCUACAAUGCAAAUGGACGGGAUUCACUGCUCAGCGCUGUGACCAUUGACAGCGAGGAGCUGCAAUUGCUCAAUCAAUUGAAAUAUAUUGAAAAGAUUGCGCUACAAGGCGUCAAGAUCAAGGACAAACGAAAGUCAAAGAUGAAGCUCAAGAGUGGCGAUCAUUUAAUAUUGAAUAUACCAAAAUAUCGAUUCACUGACUGGUCACCCUACAGUUCCGCAAACAGUUCACGCAAAACAUCGCCCGGCGUUUCGAGGGCCAGCAGCAUCGAGAGCACCGGCAAGGGUAAACUGAAGACAUCGGAGCCAUACAAGGGCAAGCAUAUAUCGCGCAGCCGACCGGAAUCGCGACGCACCAGCGCAGAUGACAUUAAGACUGGAAAAGAUGGCCGAGGUAGCAAGAAGUCGAGUCCCAAGGAGCGUCCGCGCUCCAUUGAAAUGCGUCGCCUGAGCAAGGACAAGAGCAAGUCGCAAGAGGAAACCGAGGCGGACAUUGCCAAACGCAAGGAACGCCAACAAAAGCUGUACGAGUCCGCAAUGAAACAAACAAUAACAAUGCUGAGUCCGGUAAAGGAUGCGCUGCCCGCUUUUCCAGCGCCCGAAGAUAAGAUACUGGUGAAGACCGAGGGCGAUAAGAUAAUCAUUGAAACUGAAUUCAAGUCCAAGGCGGAGGAUCAUGUCCUCAUUGCAAAGGCACCGCGCAAACUGGACACUUCGCUGGUAAAAUUCAGUCGCAGCUUUGACGAGGGUCGCAGUCCCGACAAACUGGACAAGGCCAAUCGCAGCUUUGAGGAUCGCAACAAGUCCUUUGAGGACUCUGAGAAAUCCGAUAUACCCGAAGACAUGAUGAUCAAAUCCCCAAAGAAAAUUGCAAAAGCCCAGGAAAUCAAGCAGAAAAUCGAGGGUACCGUUGUACACAAAAAAAUCGAUGGCAAAUCGAGUAGCUUGGAAAAACCGGCUGAACAUCAUUAUCUGGGCACAGAUGUGAAGGCCCGCAGUCUAGACGACAAGAAGCAGGCCGCAGCCGAGGCGAAGAAAGCGGAGGAGAAACCAACGGCAGUUGUGCGAAGUGCAGUUGGAGAUCGUCGCAUGUUCGCCCAUCAAUACAAUGUCCACGAGGACAUCGAUAUGCAGGCAGUGAUCUCUGAACGUCGUUCACUGGAGAUACUCAAGCGUUCGUUACCAUCGGAGGAUACGCGCGAUAGUGAAUGCACCCACAGUCGCAAGGCAUCCACAGCAGACAGUCUCGACUCGUUUGUAUCGGUGGAUGACAGUCAUUCUCCGGCGAGCAAGUCGCCGGUGCCGCCACCGGAGGGUUAUCCACAUCGUGUGCCCACCAUUGAAUGCGAGGAGCCAUCAAUCGAGGAGGAUGACAAUUCAUCGGAGCGACGUCAUCUCAAAGUCGAUCGUCACGAUGUCAAUCGCUUAAGCUUGGAUCGCAGUCGUAGCGAUGAGACGGGCUCCUGGAUAACUGUCGAGUGCGAUGAGUUUAUUGGCUCUGAUACCUCGGAUAAUGAGCCGCGUACCUUGGAGCCGGAUCGCAAUAUAUUGGAGACACAAGCCACAUUGGAGGAUGCCGUUCCAUUGGAGUAUUCCAACUGUGCUACGCCCACAUCCGAUUUAAAUAUACUGGUUACACCGCCCAAUUCGAGUCCAAUGAUUGAAAAGUCUGUGCUCGAAACAUUUGAGAAGUACACGUCAGAGAACAAGAAAAAGUACAGCUUGGAGAAACAGAGUGACAGAUCAAAGAGUUCGGACUCAUGGACCAGCGGUGAGAAGGACACAAGUCCGCAGCGACAACAGGAUUGGAGUUUGUCCGUGGGCAAGGAGAAAAGUUCCGUCGAAGAGGAGUCCAGUGUUAGCUGCUCCAUAGCACGACCCUUGGGCAUAUCACAAGAUUUUGGCAAUGAGGAAGAGAAGAAAUGUCUGGAACUAAAACAGCGUAUGCUGUUGGAUGUGGCUGCCAAGGAUGGCGAUGUCACGCCCACUGACUCCAAUGAGCAGACACCAACCAACGAGCUAAAGAUAAUUGUAAAGAAGCCGACAACACCAACACUGGAGAAACAAAGUCCCAUUGAUUUGGGCAACAGUACCGAAAGCUAUCUGGAUCCCAUUGAGGAACGCAUUGCCAAAAUUCUGCAAAGAACCGAGGACAGUGAGUCUAGCUCAGGCGGCUCACGUAGACCACCGAAAAUCGAGAAACCAGCUCGCGCCCAUGCUGGCAAAAAGUUAUUGGUGGCCAAAGCAGAAACUGGGAAAUCUGGCAGUGAUCGCAGCUCUCAGGAAUCGAAAUCCAGUUUCGAUUCGAAGGGCUCGCUGAGCGUUGAGUCGCGCGGCUCCUUCGAGACGGAGAGCAGCUCCGGAUCGCUAGGUGCCGCUCAGCGACGUGGUGACUUGGCCCAAAAGGAGCAGCAGAGCACAUGGAAAGCAUUCCCCAUCGAAAGCUCAAAUAGUUCAAGCACAGAUGACCCAUGGCAUCAUGUGGAAACCGAUGGUGGAUAUGAGCGUUACGAUGGCCAGAAUCCGUUGCGUGACUCCUCAGACAGUGAUAUCAAGGAGGUCUCACCGGAUGAGCAAAAGGAGAGUGACACCAGCUAUCAGGAUGAUCUCAAUGACUUUCCCACCACCUUUGGCUACCCGGCAAUGACAAGUACACUCGGUGGCAUUGGUGUAAAUCCCACGGAUAUUAUUGGCUACAAUACGGGCUUUACUUUGGGUCGGACACUAUCGAGAAUUUCGGAACGGAGCACUGCAUCGGAGAAGUCCAGCAUGGAGGAUGAUGUUAGCAAGGCGUCCACACAUUCGGUUAGCAUGCGAGAUGAAUCCGUUGGUUCAACGGAUCAUCAGCCCAGUCUCAGUUCGGACUCGCGUAGCAAUACAAAUCUUGCCUAUAUAUCAGAUGCAGAUCGUCGCACCUCGGCUGAGAUGCCGGAAAUACCGUGCGAUUCGGCAACUGCAGAUCGUCUGUCCAGCAUUGGCAGUUGCCACGAACCGAAAUCACCUACCUUGGUGACUGGUCGCUUUUCGGUGACACAUGUCGAUGAACAGCAACCCGAGGAUAAGGAGCGUCACACCCUGAUGUGUCUCUCGAAUGCGGGCAGUCAGGAUUCGGAGGAUUGGCCGCUACCGGAAAUACCAUUCGAUCAUGUGCCCGUUAAACCGCCAGAGACAAUCUAUGCCAUGCCAGAUCUGGACAAGCCGGUGCCGAAAUCCUUCUGCUGGAAGGCCAGCAUGGCAUUCCAACAAUCCCAAGAUUCGGUUGACUGGCCCUCACCGCCCUCCAGCACCAUCGAUGCGCCCAUUGUGGUCGAGAGCAUUGAGACCUAUUAUGCCAGUGAGGCGCAGAGUGCCGACAAGGUCAUGCUCGAGGAGGAGCCGGCGAUCGGUGCGACAGGCCCGCCAGAUGUGGCCAAGGUGUUAUCGUAUGAGGAUACCGCUUAUCUAAUGUCUGCCGCCUUCGAGGAUAAUGAUUUUGGUAGCGAACAAUUGCAAUUGGAUACAGUUAGUUGCCUGAGCUCAACAUUGAGUGCCGCAUCCUGUUUGUCGUCCUCGUUUAAUGUCAGCUGCAGCACAUCAUCCACACAGCCAACGGCGAAGGCAGCCGGAACUGGAGUGCGCAAGAGCUCCAAAAGCCCCGAGGUAAUUGUGGCGCAACCGACACGCUCACCAGCACCACGCAGCCCCCUUUCCGAGGAUGAACUCUUCUCCAGCGAUGAUGUGUUCAUGCCGGGCACCAUCAAGGUGCAAUUGUCGCCGGAUGCCCAGUUACGGAAAUUGUCACGCGGCUCAAACAAUUCGGAUACAUCGAUUGAUGACAUACUGUCGGGCAGCACGUAUCUGGAAGAUCAGACAACGGUGCGUCGCAACUAUGAGGCACGCUUGAGCAGUGGCGGUGGCAGCUGCAAGAAAUGCAGUCAUUCCAGUCACUCGGAGGAGGAGACCAGCUCCAUUGGCACCGAUCUCGAUGGCACCGUUCGCAUGGGAUUGCAGCAAAAGAAAUGCACGCACAGCUCCCACUCGGAGGACACUUCGAUCGGUCUGAGCAUCUCCGAAUGGUCAACGGGCACAAAUACGGUGCGUCAAUACGCCAAUCUGUCCGGCUCGGACAGUCUGUCGGCAGUCUCAACGCAUUCGUGUGCCAAAAGCGAGAAAUCCAAUCACACCAAAUCGAGCAUUAGCUCGAUUAACAAAUCGGCCGAGAGCCUCAACGAGCAGAGCGGCAGCUAUUCGCACAAGUUUAGCGGCGAUAAUGGUUCCUCCGAUGGACUACGCUACGACAUGUUGUCCAAUUCCGAAACGGAUAAAUUGAGUGAGGCCACAUCGGCAACGCGUAGCGAUGAUACGACCUUAACACUAACAGAAAUGGCCCACACCAUCAGCGAGUGGUCGACGUCGAGCAGUCGCACUCUGGUCGGUGCCGGCGUCGGCGUUGUUCCCGGCGAGUAUUUGCCGCUGAAGCAGACACGCGUACAGCCCAGUCUGAGCUCGCCCAGCGAAGAGAAGCGUUGCUCUCUGCCCCAAAUCCAUCGACGCAGUGGCAGCAAUGGCAAUCCGAUGCGCGCCACGCAACCAACCGAUCACCAACAGAUCGCCGAUCAGCCCGUGGAGACAAAUGCGGCGGCACGCAAGCGUCGCUCGCUGGAAAUGAUGUCGAAACUGUAUCAAAGCCAGGAGAUCUGUUCCGAGUCAGAAUCACCGUUUGUGGAGCGUCUGUAUGCGCACACUGAGAAGCUGACCGAACGCUAUCAGAGCCAGGAGUUUGUGCCACUGCACACGCCCGCCGCACCCAGCAGCCACCAGACCACCACACAAAUUCAGACACAACAAUCACAGCAAUCGCAGCGUCAAAAACCACGCGCACCACAGCCACCCACAAAGCCAAAGCCGGCAGUGACGCGACCCAUAAUGCAGGCAUUGCUCAAUAAGAUGAAGCAGCCGGGACUGGCGGAGCAGGCAGCUGCCGCUGCAGAGGCGGAAGAGGCAGCAGCAACAGCAACAGCUGCUCAAGUUAAGAAGGCAGCCACAAAGCCGGCACCGCCGCCAGUGCCUAGUGUGCCACCGAUUGUGACGCCCAGCGAUCUGCCUGGCAAUGUGGGUGCACCACCACCCAAACCACUAGCCAAACAUCACAGCUACGACGAUAAAACGAUGUCCAAGACACAGAUACGUGAAUUUAAGACCACAAGCAAACAGUUGCGGCAAUCGAGCUCAUUUCACGAACACAUGCUGAGCAAAUCGCAGCAAUCUUCCCAGGAGCUGCCCAUGCGCAUCGAUGAGGAACGUGAUCCGCAUUCCACAUCAUCGGCCACCAAUACGACAACCACAACAAAUACCCUUAACAGCGAGAGCACCGAACCCAAUUCCCCACAAAUGCCACAACGUGCCGAUAAAUUGAUACGAUGCUCACCCUACUAUUCGAGCAGCCUGAGCUCGGAGUCGCCACCGAAUCAACUGGUGCAGAAGCCGCCGCGCAAGAACACAACAGCCAGCAGUCAGCUGGCAGCGGUAGCUGUGGCCACAGCCUUAAAGAGUCCACCCAGUGGCAAUGAUACGGACAGCUCGCUGGAUGUCCGUGGCGGUGGUCAGGAUGCUGCCAAGCCGUUGCGUAGUCGUGGCUAUCGCAAGAAGCGACAGAUGCCCGUUAAGCGGAUGCGUGCCAAUCUCAAUGCUGCUGCGCUGCUGGAGCAAGCGGAGAGCAGUGAGUGCUCCGAGGGUUACAUGCCCGAAAUGGAUUCGGGCAGUUCGGAGUACUCGUAUCAGCGUGAUGAGCAGUAUCUCGAGUUCGAUGAGGAACUGGAGCGCGAUCAAACCGAUGACUAUGAGGAUUAUCCGCAGUACAGUGGCGCCACCAGCAGCAGCAAGUUCGAGAGCCUGGACAUGAGCGACAAUGUCGAUGAAAUGGGCUUUCCACGCUACGAUCGUUUGGGUCACAUUACCAAGCCCAUGUAUCAGGCCAUGUCAUCGGAUAGGCCGGCGCCAGCCAAUCAUCCCAUGCCGCCGGCUAGUGGUCAGCCCGUUAAGCCAGCGCGCACCAAGAAGCGACAGCUCAAGCGCGAAGAUUCGGUGGUGCCCAGCACCUCGAGUGUUACAGUGCAUCAGCACCAGCAGCAACAGCAGCAACAACAACAGCAGCCGUAUCAUGGACGCAGCUACUGCAAUCCCGAGGAAAGCGAGUACGAGUCUCGGGGCGGUGGGCUCUCCGAUGAUUUGGCCAAUUCGAGCGAAGAUAGCGGCGCUGGUGCCAUGGGCACCAUACGACGUGGCGCCAGUCGCUCAACGAUCUCAACGGAGGCGUCCAGACAGCAACAGCAACAACAUCAGCAACAGCUGCCUUAUCCGGACUUUCUCUCGGACUACGAGACGGAGCCUAUUGAGUACGAGCGUUAUGCGUGUGGCUUGGACAUACGGGUUGAUCCGCCACCAAAAUUCCAUGACUCGGAUGAUCUCAGUGAUCGUUAAUGCAGUCGAAGCAACAAAAGCAGCAGCAGCACCAGCAUUUUCCCAUUUCUUCAGUUGCCUUGGAAAUUUUUAGAAUCAACUCUACCACAUUUUUUACACACGAUCCAAGUAUAUAACUUAUUUAUAAUUGAGACUGAUUUACGACAAACCAAAAGUGAAAAUACCAAA